UAUCGGCAAGAUCCGAAUCUUCUUUUUCAUAUUUGCUGGUGGAAUUUUGGCGUUCUCAAUCGCAAUACUGCAUUUACUCCGCGGAUGUUCCUCAGAAGUAUGUGCACGGCCGACAACUGAGUUUCCCGAUAAUAUAUUCUUGGCCGUUUCAGCAACAUAUUUCUUCAUGGUAUGUUCUUCAAAUACGUAUUGUCCAUCUCCUGUGCAACUCGUUACCAUAUAUUAUUAAUUCCAUCGUCCAAAACAUACAAUAGGGAGGAAUCUAUGACCCCGUCAGCGAUGAGUUCAAAGGCGAUGUUUGGUCAUUCCACUUGAUGAUGAUGAUUUAUGUGUUCUUUACGGUCAUCCUUAUGCUGAAUGUACUUAUCGCCUUGAUAAACGUUGCGUUCAGUGCAGGCGAUGACGAUUGGCAUCAAGAAUGGCUUGAGAAUCGUCUCCGCUACGUUGAAAGGGCGGAGAAUAUGUCAUACCAUAUCCCAGGUUUUAGGCGGAGGUACAAUUGGUUCCCAAAGGAAAUAUACUAUACAGCUACGCCUCAGCAGGUCAAAGAAUACGAGAGAAAGUUCCAACUCAAACCAGAAAUUGCGCGGACGGCCAAGGAUCAGCUAUUGGGCAUCUCGUCAACCCUUUAUGAGCCAAAACCAUUCGGAAUCCCUUUUACGAAUGGAAAGGAGCCCGAGACGGCGGCUGGGCAGCAAGAGGUCGUUGCAAAAUCACAAUAUGGUAACGAGUCCAAUGAGAACAAAUGCGGAACUUACGGAUGUCUGGGAAGCGUACAAAACCAAUAUCUUGAAACAGGAGAUCUCCCUGCCGAUAUAAAGAUGGCUUCAAAGCGUAACGAGCACGCACACAACGAGGACAAGGAUCCAGACACGGAUGUCUCUUGGAGAGCUGGAGCUGUAUCGCAUGGUAACGGCAGCGAGGAUAAUCAGGCCUUGUUGCGCCAUGUCGAAGAGUUGAAGAUACAGUUGGUUGAGACCCAAUUGCGUAUGGACAGACGGGUCGAUGGACUCCAAGAACAGCUAAGCCAGAUCAGAGAUCUGAUCCUGAUGUCAGCCUCCCCUAAGAAGGAAGAAUAAAUAUACCUUACAAUGCGUCUAUAAAGUGCGUCCUCAUGAAAGUUUGAAAAAUUGUAAAUCCUCGCGAAAAUAAUGAUUGCUACAGUAUAAUAGCUAGGAAUGAUUUCAGACGAGUGGCAUUAGGAAGAGCCGAGAG